CCAAUAUAGGUAGCCGUAGAGAACUUUAAUUACUGUGACUCGUGAAUUAAAACCGCUCUCGGGAAUUGGGUGUCUAUAUAAACAAUCACCUCUUUCCCUCAUUCUCAUCAACUCGGCCUUCUUUUCAACCCAUAAAUGCUCCGGCCAUAGAUCGUUUUCAAAAAAAGGGAGAGAAACAUGGAUUAUUAUGAAAAUGGGUUCUUUGAAGAAUUAGUAGCUCUGAGAAGUGAUCCCCAAGAAAUGGGAAUGGAAAUGGAAAUGGGAUUGAUGAAAAACAUCAGCAAUUAUUAUUGCAAUGAUAUUGACGGCGGGUGGCAGAGCGGCGAUUCCUUCGGGAACACUACCCUUCCGACUACCCUUCCGCCAAUCUCCGCCGUGGACGAGUGUUUUCCGUUUCAGUGGCAGAGCCAAGAGUACGGCGGAUCACUCGCGGACUUGUACCACGGCGGCCCACAAUUAUUCGGAAAUGACGGUGAACUCUGGCCGCCUCAUUUUGCGGAUUCGUUAUUGCCAUUCCCAUCAGAAUUGUCGUUAGACUUGAGCAGUAGUAGUACAUCUUCUUCACAGAUAUUGGAGCCGGUACUUCUUGAAACGCCGGCGGGUUCUUUCGGUAACAUCGCCGGAUGUUGCCCUGAGAAGGAGGAGGAGGAGGCCGUCAAAUCCAAGGUGAAGAAGGUCCAUGGGCAGCCUUCCAAGAACUUGAUGGCUGAGAGAAGAAGAAGAAAGCGGCUUAACGACCGCCUCUCCAUGCUCAGAUCCGUUGUUCCCAAGAUCAGCAAGAUGGACAGAACAUCUAUAUUGGGGGAUACUAUAGACUACAUGAAGGAGUUGUUAGGGAAAAUCAACAGUCUACAAGAAGAAAUGGAUGUGGGGAAGAAAGAGAUGGGCAUUUUGAAGAAUGUGAAACCCAAUGAAAUGGAGGUUAAAAUUUCUCCAAAGUUUGAGGUGGAAAGCAGUGGGGAGGUUGAUACAAAGAUAGAGAUUUGUUGUGGAGGAAAGCCAGGGCUGUUACUAACCACAGUGGCCACAUUGGAGGCUCUAGGCCUUGAGAUUGAGCAGUGUGUCAUUAGCUGUUUCAAUGACUUUUCAAUGCAAGCUUCCUGCACUAUGGAAACAGAGCAGAGAAAAGCCUUAAGUUCAGAAGAUAUAAGGCAGGCGCUAUUUAGAAAUGCUGGAUGUGGAGGAAAGUGCUUCUAGUGGAAAAAAACAUUUUUCAAGAUUAUAUAUAUUGGGGAAGGAAUUGUAUGGAGAUGGUCUCUAGAUCUUCUCUAAUAUGGCAUGCAUUGAAUAUUAUUAGUGAUUAGCUUGUAUGUAGUUAUUGUUUUUUUUCCUUUUCAUUCUAAUAAAAUUUGUGGGCAUUCUAUAUAUUUUCAUCCAAAUUCCGAAGAAA